UGGCCUCUAAGACUUUGGAUUUGAAAAAUAAUUAUUAGUUGCUGCGUGAUGAUAUUGAUGAGGAAGAAAGAACAAAUAAAUAUUUGCCUCUAAAAGUCGAUCAACAAAAACUUAGAUGGCAAUCAUUAUAAAUAUGCCUCUAAAGCUUGGAAUUCAAUAAAACUAAAUUUCAAUAUCUAAAAGGAUAAUAUUAUUAGAGGCAAAUGAUUAUAAUUAUAGAUGCUAUUAGUAUGUGUUGUAUGAGGUACUUUUAGAGGCACAUAAUAAUAUUUAUAGAGGCGCAUCCCAUAUUUGUUGCAUAAAUAUGUAUUUAGAGGCUGAUACCACAUUUGCCUCCAAAAUUUUGUUGCUAUAGGCCAAUUUUCUUGUAGUGAUACCUAUCAAAGCUCAACAAGUUUAGUUACCUAUCAAAGCUCAACAUUUGAUUUAGCCAACACGUUGAGAAUAUAAGUCGGCGUCUUAUGCUAGAAGUUGUAACAUCAGUGGUCCAUGCUCUCUUUAAUUUAGCAAAAAAGAAAUAUAUAUAUUAUGCUAAAUAGGGAAAAUAUCAAUUAGUGAGGCACAAACAUAUAACUGAAAUAAAAUUUUGUAAAGAAAAAGUAUUCAAAGAUAUAGUAUUAUAAAAUACCUUCAUCUAAAUCUCACAACUGAAGAAAGGAGAUAAAAAUUCGUCCUACUUUCACACCGUCACGAGGGCCCCGACGUAAGCAAAAUUUUGUUGAUGGUCUGUAUAAUGAGGAAGGGGAAUGGGCUACAGAGGAAUCUGGGAAGGCGGAUAUUUCCACAAACUUCUAUCGUACCCUCUUCACCUCGGAAAGCCAGGUGACAAACAUGAAUGAGAGAGUGGGUGAAUUGCCCAUAGAUCACUGUGUUACCCCAGAAAUGAAUGCUAAUCUGACUGCGGAGGUUCUCCCAAGGAAAAUUAGACACACUGUUUUCUCUAUGGGCUCAAAGCAGGCCCCUGGAUCGGAUGAAUUCACGGGUAAAUUUUUCAAGGCCUUCUGGGGGAUCGUGGGUGAUUCCGUUAUCGAGGCUGUCAGAUCGUUUUUUUGAAAUAAGCAGGCUGCUUCGGAGCUUCAAUCAUACCUGGGUGACAUUAAUUCCCAAAGUGGACCAGGUAGAAUCGAUACGUCAGCUUCGUCCUAUCAGCCUAUGCCAACUUGUGUAUAAGGUGUUCACCAAAAUUAUGACAGAAAGGCUAGCUAGUCUUCUUCCGCAGAUCAUCUCAGAAAGGCUAGCUAAUGCAUUAUUGAAAAUCAAAACUCGUGGUAAGAAGGGUUACAUGGCUCUGAAGGUUGACAUGGAAAAAGCCUAUGAUAGAGUCGAAUGGUCUUUCCUUCUUGCGGUUUUGUUUUAGCUCUGUCUGGCGAGGAUGGAUUCAGGAGUGUCUGCAAUCUAUCAAUCAGGCAUUGCUAGCUAAAAUUGGCCGGCGUAUCCUCAAUGAAGCUAAUUCCCUCAUUGCUCAGGUGUAUAAAGGGAAAUAUUUCCCCAAUGGGUCUUUUCUUACGGCGACAGCUCGCUCACGUCCGUCCUGGGGAUGGCAAAGUAUCCUCUUUGGUCGCUAAUUGUUGGAAACAGGUCUUCGGUGGCAGAUUGGCAAUGGCCAGAAGGCCCAUUUACUCUCCUCUAGCUGGAUACCUCAUCAACAUCCCCUCCCCCUAUGUAUAACCCAUGUGUGAUCCCAGAGGGGGAGGUUUUGAAGAUAGCAGAGGCUAUUCAGCAAGGGGGAGGGAAGUGGUGCGAUGUUAAGCUUAGCCUGUGGUUCCAUCCUCUGACAUGUCGACACAUUCAGGCCAUCCUCUUGCCUCGCCUGAAUAUUGAGGAUAAACUAAUUUGGCAUGGAACUUCUGAUGGGGUUUUUACGGUUAAAUCGGCCUACCAUUUGGCGGUAAAUUUAGAUCGACAAAAAGGAAGAUGGAGAGCUCAGGUUAGCUGGAUGGAUAUAGCUAGCUGGAUCCGAUUAUGGGAUGUCAAUAUUCCCCCAAAAAUGAAGGUGUUCGUCUGGCAGAUCUUCCAUAAAAUUAUACCUACCACGGAGGCCCUGAUUGAGAAGAAGGUUGCAGUGCUACCUAGGUGCCCAGUAUGUUGGGCAACUUUGAAGACUCUGGAACAUCUGUUUCUAGACUGUCCGGUUGCUCGUGCCCUUUGGGAUCAUUCUGUGCUAGCUCACCUUGGCGAAGGGUUGCCUCGUCAUAGCUUCCCUCUAUUUCUGAAGAAAUUAUUGGCUUUGGUUCAUCAACCAAUUUUGUUCAUGUCGGUUGUUGCCGUCUUUUGGCGGAUCUGGCACUCUCGAAACUGGGUUGUCUUUGACGGCAAGCAAUUUGGGAUUCCCGCUUUAAUGUGACAGUUCAACCAAUAGGUUCAUAAAUGGGUUAAUCUACCGAUAGACAGGGUCCUUCCUGUUCCUCACUCCCCUUCUCCUCCCUCGGACCUAACAAGGUUGGAUUUUGUGAUUUGUAUGUGGGAUGGGGCGGUAAGGAGUGGGUCUCAUUCGGCAGGUGGGAUGGCCCUCAUGACUCUAGCUAGUGAGGUUCUUUAGGUGAAGGGAGUCCAAUUCCUGGAGGUGGACGACCCCAUGAUGGUUGAGUUGCUUGUUCUCCGGGAGGCUAUCGCGUGGUGCGUGGGUAAUGGCUUCUCUGUAGUUAGGUUUGAAGGUGAUGCCCAGGUAAUCAUAGAGAAGAUCCUCAGGAGGGAUACAAGGGAUAACGUAGUGGGGUCGAUUCUUGAAGAAGUCGUCCAGUCCUUUGACAUGAAUAUGGGCUUCAGUGUACGAUUUGUAGGUCGGCGAAACAAUAGGGUAGCUCAUUUAGUAGCUAGGAAGGCCCUUUCUCUGUACCCAACUAGGAGUCGUUCAUUUGAUUUUCAGGCCUGGUUGAAUUCCAGAUUUUAACUAUCUAUUUGUUCGAUCAAUAUAUGAUUAUCUUUUGUAAAAAAAAAUUCCAAAGUAUCGGCCGUUCUAACCAUUUGCAAAGAGUGUGAAACGACAUCCAAUGCAAGAGCUAUUCGUUUUCUAAUGCAAGAGCUAUUCGUUUUCUCAUUUCCAGUAGAAUAAUGCUUCCAGCCAACUAAACAAAUCAUAAAACACUUACACAUUAGAGAGAUCCUAGUAUACGUUUUUCUUUUAAGCAUACUAAAUAGAGCACUUCUACUAUGCUAUAUAGUAUUGAUGCUUUAAUGUACAACUUAAAGUUGUACCAUAACAUUAAAUGUAUAAGUUUAGGUCGUACCAUAAAGCAAUUUGUACCAUUAUGUUAUGGUACAACUUUACAACUUGAAGUUGUACCAUCACAUAAAGGUACAAGUUCAAGUUGUACCAUAAAAGAAUUUGUACAAAAAGUAUAGGUGCAAUCUGAAGUUGUACCAUAACAUAAAUGUACAAUUUUAAGUUGUACCAUAAAGGCAAAAACCUAUAACACCAAUACUAUAUAGCAUUGUAAAAUUUCUAUACUAAAUAUUAUUGUAAUAAUAACUCAUGACUAAAAAAGAUAAUAUUAAACAUUAAUAAAUUGGGCUAAUGGUAAUACAUGAGAUGCUAACAUGAAAUACAUAUUUUAUUAAAAGUUUGAAGUCAAUAAGUUUGCCUAUGAAUGAAUUUUUCAAAUCCCACUGAUGGAAAUGUGGGGAAACCUCACAAAUGCAUGUAACUAUGGGUUUUUAUUUUGAGCAUACAAAUUAUUGUCCUAAUGAUUUUUCAGUACAAAUAAGAGAUGCAACAUUUAGCUUUAUAUAUUUUCAAGUAUAAUAUAUAUAAUACUGAUGUCGUUAAUAAAGAAUAGCAUUUAUAUGUUUAAGCGACACACUUCAUUUGUAUGUUAAUUUUUUUUAUAAUUUGUUAUGUUCUAUGGUUUUGGGUCACUACAUUUUAUAUUUAUUUAUUAAAAACGGUUACAAAAAACUAAGUGUUUUACAAAAAUUAUUGAUUGUUAGAAAAUACUUAUAUGAUUUAAUUUAACAACGGAUCGAUUCUCACCCAUGAAGUUGUGGCAAAAUUUCAUGUUGUAUCUUAUAUUAUUUUAUUUUGAGCAUAAAUCAUGAUCCUAAUAUGUUUUUUGGGUGAGAUCCUAAUAAUAUUUUAGUAAAAAU